AUGGUGCACGGGACGGCGUUGCAAGCAGUGCUCUUGGCCGUUUCGGCGGCGGCGGCGGCGGCGGCGACGACCAUGGACAAAAGAAUCCACGGCGGCGAGGCAGCUUCUCUUGCCGACUUCCCAUACUUUGUCAAGGUCGGGACCGGGUGCGGGGGCUCUCUGCUGGAUAGCACGACCGUUGUCACUGCUGCUCAUUGCUGGAGGAGCCUGAGGCAGAGGACGUACGUAGAGAGCAUGGGGGAACCGGGCCUUGUCUCUCCGGUGGAAAGCAUGAUUACGCAUCCCAACUAUCUCGAAUCACUGAAGGGCUGGGAGGGCAACGAGGAGCGAUAUCAGCAAGCCUACGGAUUCGACGUUGCCAUUCUGAAGCUGUCGACUCCGAUGGAAGCAGGCGCAAAUGUUGGCUACGCCAAGUUGCCGGCGGCGGAUAGCCCGAAGCCCAAGGCUGAUUCGGUCGGAAUCGCAGUAGGGUGGGGUCGCAAUCCCAAGGAACGUGGCAACGUCGCCAAGGUUGAGCUGCCAAUUCUCAAGGAUUGUCCCGCACAGGGAGGCAAGUGGCCGGUCAAAAACGCAAUUUGCACCGGCAACGGUGGACGCAGGAAGAGCGCUUGUCACGGCGACAGCGGCGGCCCCCUUGUCGACAAGGACACGGGGGUGUUGAUUGGCAUCACCAUGGCGGGCUCGUGUGGCGAAUACACGUCCUUCACUCCCGUCGCCAGGCACCUGGCGUUUAUUCGAGAAAAGAUGAAUUCGCGCCGGCCGAAGGGGGCGCCGAGGUGCAAUAUCGUCCAGUUCACGGCAGGGACCAAGGACACGUGCCUGACGUCCCAAGACUACAGGUACGAUGAUCCUUUCAGCUACCAAGCCCAGAAGCCAAAGGAAGUCUGGUGGGGGCACAGUCAGCCCCACUGA